AUGAAGAUCAGUCUCUGGGGACCCUUUCAAAGUGGUUCAGUCGAGGGCAUAGCGAACCUACUUGUUACUGAUACUGCUCGACUUGGGGAUAGUUCACAGGAUCAUGUCUAUAUACUGUUUAACAAUGGUUUUGGAUAUUUCGGUGAGCCGAUUGUACUUUUGGCUGAACUUUAUAUUCAACCAAUGUCGUUAACUGUUGGUGAUUUUAAUAAUGAUAAUUAUAUAGAUUUUGUCGUGGUCAAUUCAAACCGAAAUAUUUUGGUUGUAAUGUUUCAAAAUAAGAAUGGAAGUUUCCAAAAACAAAUAAUCCUUUCAACUGGAGAUUUUAGUAAUCCAAGUUCCGUUGUCACUGAUGAUUUCAAUAGUGAUGGUCAAUGGGAUCUCGCUGUCAGUAAUAGCUAUGCGCACAAUGUAGGUAUUUUCAUUGGUGUUCGUAAUGGAACGUUUUUAUCACAGAUCACUUUUCCAACAAACUCUCAAAGUAUUCCAUCUGCAAUCACUUCUGUAGAUCUCAAUAAUGAUGGGCAAUUAGAUCUGAUUGCUAUUGGUAAUAGACUGAAUGCUAUACAUAUCUUACUGAAUACAUGUGAUUGUUGA